CAACCAAAAACCUUUUCACUUAGGCCAUAUGCCCAGCAUGAUCACUUCCAUUUUCACUCAUUUUCUUCAUCUAUUUCACUUGUUUUCUAAUGAAUUUAUAUCCCUCCAAGCAAGCGAAUUUGGCUCCUAUUCAGCCAACUUCACAACUUGUUGGGAGAUAGAGAGAAAGGCACUUCUUAAGUUCAAAGAAGGUCUCAAAGAUCCUUCAGGCCGGCUUUCUUCUUGGGUUGGCAAUUAUUCUUGUACAUGGUCAGGUGUUGGCUGCAACAGGAAAACGGGACAUGUCACGAAGCUUGACCUCAGGAUGCCCCUCGCCAACAGUUUUAUUUCUAUUGAUCCAACAGCUGUUAAUAAAUCGAUCGCCAACAAAACAGCUUUGGAUUUUGCAUCCUUACAAGGUACGAUGAGUCCUUCAUUGCUUGAUUUGAAAUAUUUAAAGUACCUGGAUCUAAGCUGGAACAAUUUUGAACAAACUCCAAUCCCCAACUUCAUUGGUUCAUUCACCAAUUUAGAAUACCUUGAUCUCUCUCAUGCAUCUUUCAGUGGCUUGGUUCCUCCCCAUCUUGGAAAUUUGUCAAACUUGCGCCACCUUGAUAUCUCCUCAAAAUUUCCAGAACAAGAUAUUUUGGUUUCUGAUAAUUUGAAUUGGAUCCUUCGACUCUCUUCAUUGAAAUUUCUCAGCUUAAGUAUGGCAAACCUUAGUUUUGCAUCAACCAAUUGGUUGCAAGCUAUAAACAUGCUUCCUUCCUUGAUGACGUUACAUUCGUCUUCUUGUGGACUCCAUGACAUCCCUACCUCUCUUCCAAUUGUGAACUUCAGUUCUAUUCAGGUCAUUGAUCUUUCAUUAAAUGAUUUCGAUUCACCAUUACCCGGCUGGUUGUUCAACAUCAGUUCCCUCAUUGAGCUUGAGUUGUCUUUUAUUGGCUUUAGUGGGCAAAUACCUCCAUAUUUAGAAAAUCUUAAUAACAUGAGAUACCUUAAUCUUGAUUACAAUGAUCUCUCUGGUCCACUUCCAAUUUCUAUUGGAAACUUAUCAUCCUUGAAGAAUUUAUAUCUUUCUUCUAACCAAUUGAAUGGAACAAUUCCUGAAACCAUCGGACAAUUGAAAAAGUUGACUAAGAUAGAUCUUAGUUCUAAUAACUGGGGAGGUGUUGUGUCUAGAAUUCAUUUUCUCCACCUAAACAAUCUAAAGGAACUUUUGUUAUCCUCCGUUGAGGAAAGGUCAUUGAUAUUUGAUGUAACAUAUGACUGGAUUCCUCCUUUUAGUCUAAAAUUAAUCUCUAUUCCAUAUUGUCAGAUGAAUCCCAAAUUUCCUAUAUGGCUCCAAACUCAAAAGGAACUGAAGAUUGUUGACCUUACAAAAGUCGGAAUUUCAGGUUAUGUACAUGAUUGGUUUUGGAAAAUGAGUCCACAAAUUGUCUUUUUGUCUCUCCGCAGUAACAAAUUGUGCGGAGAGCUUCCAAGAUCAUUAAAAUUUCAAUCAUGUUCUUCUGUAGACCUCAGUUUCAAUUUAUUUGAGGGACCAAUUCCACUAUUUUCUGGUGUCUGCACACUUAGUUUGAAAAGUAACUCAUUCUCAGGACCAAUUCCAGCAAAUUUUUGCGAUGCCAUGCUAAAUUUAGACACUAUGGAUCUUUCUAAGAACUACUUCAAUGGCAGCAUUCCUUCUUCAAUAAAUAAGUUGAAGAGCUUGAGUUAUCUAUUGUUAGAAAAUAAUGAACUUUCUGGAAAGAUUCCUUCAAUGAAUAGAUUGAACAAUUUGGAGAUGUUAGACCUUUCAAAUAACAAUUUAUUUGGCAACAUUCCAAGCUCCUUGUGCUCACAGUCUCCUCUUCUUUAUUUAAAUUUGAAUGGCAACAAUCUUUAUGGAAAGCUUUCAUCCUUGCGAAAUUGCACAAUGUUGGGGACACUUGGUCUUGCAAAUAAUCAGUUCCAUGGAGGCAUUCCAAGAUGGAUUGGAGAAACUCUAGCUCAUCUAUCAAUACUACAGUUACAAGGAAACAUGUUUAGGGGAAAGAUACCAAAAAGUUUGUGCAAUCUUCCUUUUCUUCAUGUUAUGGAUUUAGGGCGGAAUAAUUUUUCGGGAUCAAUUCCACCAUGUCUAGGCAAUUUAAGUAGGCUGUAUCACUCAGAAAAUGUUACUUAUGUAUCUGAUGAUGCUGCUACUAGUCUUCUUGUUUCUUUGGUUGCCUAUGCUUACACUGCUUCUGGUGGUGGUGUUGCUGCUGCUGUUGCUAUUACUCUUAAGUUUACACCUUUCUUUUUUGGAAUCCGGCACAUGGAAUUUAAUGUUAAAGGACAAGCACUUGAAUAUGUUAACACAAUUGAUCUUGUGAACUUGAUAGAUUUAUCAAGUAAUAAUCUUGAAGGGGAAAUUCCAAAAGAGAGAAUGAAACUUUCUGCCUUGGGUACAUUGAACUUAUCUCGGAAUCAGUUAACAGGAAACAUCCCUGAGGAGAUGGGAGACUUACGACUAUUAGAAACUCUUGACCCCUCAGUCAACCAUCUUUCAGGCCCGAUUCCAACAAGCAUGUCGUCUAUGACUUUCUUGAGCCAUUUGAAUUUGUCUCAUAAUGAUCUAUCCGGACCAAUCCCAUCAGCAAACCAAUUCCAAACCUUCAAUAAUCCAUCCAUUUAUGAAGGAAACCCAAAACUUUGUGGAGCUCCAUUGUCGACCAAUUGUUCACCACACAAAAAUGAUACUCCAAACGGAUAUAUUGGCAAGGACAAAGAUGAAAGCUGGUCAGAGAGGUUAUGGUUCUACAUUGGAACAACAUUUGGAUUCGUGGUGGGAUUAUGGGCUGUUUGUGGAACUUUGGUGAUCAAGAGGACUUGGAGACAUGCCUACUUCCGCUUUGUGGAAGAAAUGAAAGAUAGGAUCUACGUCUUCAUUGUACUGAAGGCAGCUCGUUUGCAAAAGAAGUUGAAGGGCAAUGAAAGAAGCUGUGGCUAUGGUGAAGGUAAUAAAUUUUAUCUCUUCAUUGGAUUAUUAGUUCUACUCCAAAACUGCUGUUUGUGCAUCCAUGAGAUGUGCAGUUUCUACUUAGGAGGCUUUCAAUUAUGAAGUCAAAUCAGUUUGGUGGAUGUUUAUCUUGUGUUUCCAAUAAUAAUAGGUUAAUACGAGUUUAUUACUUCUGUUGUCAUGGAAUGUAGGUGUUUUCAAUCAAUUGUUGUGUGCUCUUAAGAGUUACUAGUGAUUCAAAGAGAUUAUCCUGUUUAUGUUAUUUUGAUCAAUGAAAUUUGAUGAUGUUC